AUGUUAAGUUAUAAUUUGGCUCUUGUAAGAUCGCCUAUUGAAAUUCAUGAAAAAUCAGAUAAAGACAGUCGACAAGAAUUAAUAAACGAUUCUGCAGUACAAAAAGUUAAAAAGUCGCUGUUUCUGAACGGACAUUCUAAAGGAGAUACUUUUUUAGAAUUUGAAAAUCAAAUAAUAGCAAAAGGGAUGUGCUUUUAUUGUACAGCCAAUUUGACUUCCCAAAAUUCUGGUGUAAAAUGUCAGUCAUGUCAAAGAGUUUACCAUGGUUCCUGCAUUAAAAGACUUGAUUUACACAAAUCAAAACCUACCUAG